AUGGUCAAUCCCAACCCCAACUCCCACCUCGAGCUCGCCGGCAAAGUCGCCUUAGUGACCGGCGGUGGUCGAGGCAUCGGAGCCGGCAUUGCGCUAGAGCUAGCGAAGAAGGGAGCAAACGUCGCAAUCAACUACGCCAGCAGCUCCAAGACCGCCGACGGAGUGGUCCAAGAGAUCCAAGCACAAGGCGUCCACGGUGCCGCAUUCCAAGCCGACUUGACCAACGUCGAGGAAAUCGAGAAACUCUUCCGCCAGGUCGUCUCACACUUCGGACAGCUAGACAUUGUCGUGUCGAAUGCCGGAACGGAGAAGUUUGUCCCAUUGUCCGAGACUACGCUGGAUGACUUCAAUGCUGUCUUCGACCUCAACACUCGGGCACAGUUCUUCGUCGCGAAGAAUGCCUACGAUCACAUCCAGCCCGGUGGACGUGUUGUGCUAAUGUCGUCCAUUGCAGCGGGCCUAGGUGUGCCCGGCCACUCGCUGUAUGCGGGUAGCAAGAGCGCAGUGGAGGGAUUUACUCGUUGCUUCGCUGCUGACUUUGGCAAGAAGAGGGCUACUGUUAAUGCGAUUGCUCCUGCUGGUGUCAAGAGUGAUAUGUGGCUGAGCAAUGCGUGGCGCUAUGCGCCUGGCUGUAACCAGAACUCGUCUAUUGAGGAGAUCGAGCAGGCACUUGCUAAUGGUAGUCCCCUUGGGCGCUGUGGUGUGCCUGCGGAUAUUGGCCGCAUUGUCGCAUUCUUGGCCAGUCCUGGUGGAGAAUGGAUCAACGGUCAAAUUUUGCCUUGCAACGGUGGAGCUAAUAUUUAA